UGAAUCACGGAUGUAGCUGCAGUUUUGGCAGGAGGACCACGCCGCCAUUUUCUCUUUCUUGAUUUGAUGGUAGAAGAGGCGAACAGAAAUGAUGGGAUGAAAUAGAAUGCGAGUGGACUGAGUGUGUUUGACCCACGCUGCACGCGCCCGGACAAAAAUAGCAUACCUCGGCUUCCUGUUGUUUUCCAUCGCGAACCUGCAAAUUCUCCAUUCCCCAUCAAACAAAAUUUCCAACUGCGAUGAGCAACAGGACCACGCGCCGAAGGAAAAAUACUCCAUACCUAGUGUUAAUGAAAGCGGUAAACAACCAGAAGUACACCUAAACACAGCAUUGUAUAAACCAGCAACACAAAAAUUUGAGAGGCGCUAUCGCGCACCGACUCAAAAAUGCCGAGGACUUUACUCCUCUGCUUCAUCCACGGCUUCAAGGGGAAUGACAAUACGUUCCAAAAAUUCCCAGAAGACUUGAAAGCUGCCGUGUCCAAGUCCCUCCCCGAGGGCGAUGAUGUGCAGGCCGUCGUCUACCCCAAGUACGAGACCAAGGGUGAACUGGCACAGUGCGCCGAGGCAUUUCUAGAAUGGCUCAAGGAGCGCGUCGUCGAACUGCGCAAGGAGCGCAGCGAGAAGCCCUGGCCGCCGGGUGAUCGCGACGUCGGUGUCGUAUUGGUUUCUCAUUCAAUGGGAGGCUUUGUCGCCUCAGACGCCCUCUUCCUCGUGCUGGAUGAACGGCGCCACUCCGAAACGACAACAGCCCAAGGCGAAAACACCGACACCAAACCGCCACUCUUCCCUCUGAUCCAGGGAGUCCUCGCCUUCGACACGCCAUACAACGGCCUCGCCCGCUCAAUGUUUGUCUACGGCGCGUUUAGCAACUACAACAAGGUCUCGUCCGUCUUCAACGUCAUGACGGCCCUGGCCGCCGCGCCCGCCGGCCUCUCCAAGCUGGCGAUGCAGCGCGCCACCAAGGCCGCCAGCUCCAUCUCCCGGACCGGCACCGCCCGCGCCGUCCGCCGCUCCACCGUCGGCUGGAAGGCCUGGCAGCUGAUGGCGGUGCGGACGGGGACGGUCGGCGCCAUCGCCGCUGGCGGCGUCGCUGCCUACGUGCACCGGAAAGAAAUCGCCGCCGGGCUGAGGAGCGUGCGCGACCUGGACCGCAGCACCAUCGCCGAGUCGUACCAGCGUGGCGUCACCACCCUGGGUCAGGGGCUCGCAUACAUCAACCGCGGGAACGUCGGCCGCUCGUACCAGUGGCUGGCCGAGCACUUUACCUUUGUCGGCGCCCUGCUCAAACCCCGCGAGCUGGAGCGGCGGCUGGCGCGUCUCGCCGCGCUCAAGGGAGUCGGCGUUCGCGAUGUGUACGCAAGCCUCGGGGAGAACGGGUACUGGAGCGGUGGGUACUUUGUGCCGGAGCGGACCUUUUGCGCCGUGCCCGGUCAGGAUGCGACCGAGGGUCACCUGUUUGGACGGCGGGUGGUCGAGGGCGCGGUGGACGAGGUGGACGCCCACAUGACCAUGUUUCAGCCGGAGAAGAACAAGGGCUACGACGACAUGACGGAGGAGGCGGCCCGGACGGUGCUGGGUUGGUUCAACAGCGACGAGGAGCUCUUUGACGACCCCAAGUUUGCCCAGGUCGAGCCUGCCGAGGCCGAGGAGAGCAAGGAGGAGGAUAAAAUCACCGCCACGGACGAGGGCAUCGCCGUCGGGGACGACAUCGAAGCCGUCGCUGCCGCUACGGAAAAGGUCGCCGACGACUCCUCGGAACCCACGCGUGGCGAGAAGCGCAAGGCGGAAGGCGAGCCCGACAGCGGCUCGGACGACGGCGGACUUCCGGACGAGUCCCCGAUUGACAUUGCAGCAGCAGCGUCGCUCGUGCCUCUUCCCGACGAUCGAAGCAGCACCGAGGAUGGCCAGGCCGAGAUGCCCAACGAAAAGGAGCGACAAACGUACCUUCGGCACCUGUUUGGGGUGGCCGAGCAGGCUGGGACGGGGCUCAAGUCGUACUACAACACGGCGUGGUCUGCCAAGCUGCCGACGAUGCCGGCGAUGCCCUCGAUGGAGAAGAUGCCGAACCUGCCUUCCAUACCGUCUAUGCCUAGGCCUGGGUUUGGGCUCUUUUCGAGGAAGCAGUCGGACCCGAAGAAGGACAGUGCGGAUGAUGCCGACAAGGAGAAGAAUGGCGGUAGCGAUAGUGGUGCGGUCAAAGAUAAAGAUGUGGAAGAAAAGGGGGCGGGUGUUGUUGAAGAGCAGAGAAAAGCCGAGACUACAACUGACGGCAAGGAGAAAUCUUGAUUGGCGUCAAUUGCCGAGUUAAGCUGCACCUACUUUGUGAAAACCACUUUUUUUUCCUUGUAACGACAGCAUGGGUGUACCGACCUAUGACUUAUGAUGGAUGACUGGGUAUCUAUUACAUAGCAAGACUGAAAUCAUGGAUAAAAGACGACGAUGGAAAACGAAUAAAACCUUGACCUGACCCCGGGAACUUGUGCAAAGGGAAGAUAAACGGCAAAAGCAAAGCUAAACCAGAUGAAAGGGGAAAAGAAAGAAUAAGAGAAAAAAAGGAAAGAAAAACAACCCCAAGCCCGAUCACUGACCAUCUUCAUUCUGAUAAUCGUCGGUCUCCAUAGCAUCCGGAUAAUUCGCCUCCGUGACAGCAUUCAGUAUCUCAUCGACGGUGGAUAAUUGAGUCCAACGCGGCACCUCUUCAGCCUGAGGAUGAGGAGCAUCGGCAGCGCCAUCAUCACCCUGACCAGCCGUCUGGGUCUGAGACUGU